AGGGUGAUGAAGCAGACGAGGUCAGGGCUAUAAGCACUGCAGUGGCACCACAGAUUCCCACGAGUGGUCCCAAUGUCGCUGUCGUCGACGUCGACGAUCAAAGGCCAGCUGCACGCAGCGCUGGGGCCAAAGGCUCAGCCAUACUUUGAGGCUCUCAGCCAGUUUGUGUCUGCGAAGAUAUCCAGGGCUGAGUUCGAGGAUGCAGUUCGUCAGGCCCUCGACGCGCCAAACCUCGUCCAGUUGCACAACUCGCUGAUCAUAUCCUUGUUUGACUUUACUGUUCAUCGACGGCCACCGACCCCUCCACCAGACGUACCCAAACAGCCUCCCCGCAAGCGACGCAGGACUCUGCCUUACCAAGGCCCAGACGAUACAGAUGGGAGCCUGCGAUCGAUGAGGUUAAAGCGCUGGACAGUGUCUCUCGGUCGACGAGAACGCGAGCGUAUUCGUGGGUUGCAGGUCAACGGGGUGGAGCACCCUCGACCGCAGAAACAUACCGAUGAAAUUGCAGCCGACAGGGGUGUCACUCUGCUGCCGGAACGAGGUGAUCCUCCAGGUAGUCGACUACCGCUCCACCUAGCCUCCGUAUCGAGAUCUUUGUCUUUACAGCACAUAUCGGACCGAAUAAACCUUAUAUCCGCCCAGCACAACAUGGGAGCGCCCUCCCGUGCAGUAUCUUCCCUCAUGGCUGUUGCUGUCGAAACCAAACUCAAACAACUCAUAAAACAAGCACUCUCUUUGACGUCAACUUCUUAUGCGAUAGCAUCCAUCAAUCCCUCUGCACCUCGCUCGAACAACCGUGUGCUCACAGCGUCGUCAUUCGAGACUCUCUUCACCAUCUCUCCUGCUGUCUUACCGAACAAGUCUGCAGCAGCCCUGAAGCUGGAGAUCGGCGAAAACGACAUGGACGAUGAGGAUAUUGCUUUCCUUAAAGACAGGGAAGUACGAGAUCAGCGGUGGCAGGUCCUUGCUCUUUUGGGCGAGAGAAGCUCCGUGAAAGAAGCUCUGAGGCAGCUGCGAUAGCGCACUAACCAUGCUGCCGUCCUUCUUUCCUGCGAAAAUACCUGCGGGUUUAAUUUCGCUGCACAUCUUACAGAAUUCUGAUGCGCCAAGAGUGGCAUCAUAUGUACGCAACGAGCGCAUACUGUCACAAGCACGCCCGGAUAAGUACUUGGACGCUAACGGCGGCGCCCUGUUCACGGGAGCGCCAGGAGUUAUACCCACCUAGAGUUCCACGGUAAUUCGUAUUGCACGGUUCAGAUGAUCAACGAUGUUCAGUACUUAUGCUACAUCUAUGAUACACAAUGUA